GGGAAAGGAAAAACAACCCACAAAGGUCUCCUCCCCCACCACAGAGAUGGAAGUCAUAAGUCAGGAGACUCAAAUUUCAGUCCGGAUCCCUUCAGCAGAUCACGGUCACAGUCCAGAAACAAAACCAGCUCCAAAGGCAGAUGAUUGGGACCAUGGAGAUAUGGCAGCAAAUAUUUUCUCAGAAGAUUGGGCAGAUGAAACCAGGAGACACAUGGACUCUGAAGGCGGAUUAUAACCUUCAGUCCAAUGACCUGGAUCCUGGAUGGAAGCAAUUCCUUCAACAACAUGCGUUUGCCAGGUUUCAGUGCUCACAGUGCUGGCACAUCUGGCACUCAGCUCAAGUGAACAUUCUCUUCCACAUGCACCUGGACCGGAAGCAGAGACGGGGCCAGGCGAAGAUGAAAAUCUUCAGACAGGAGUGCAAGAAGUGUCUCGUGCCGAAACUGGAACUGCCUGAAUUCAGCCAGGAGAACGUCGAGAGAGUCCUGGAGAACCUGAUGCUGAAGAUUCGCGGGAAAUGCUACAGAGAGGCCAUCAGUCCCAACAACCUGUCCAAGAUCAUCGUGGAAGCUCAGAUAAUGGGGCCACAUGACAGCUCCCACUGUGAAGCCUGCCGGCUGGGUAUCUGUUACGUGAAAUAUGAAGUCCAAGCACCAGCCAACACCUUCUUUAGGACUGCUUCUCUAUUUCCACGAAGCUUUCCUGCCCAUGAGGAAUGGAGCGAAGCAGAGAUGGGGAGCAGCCGCAACGUGGGGAGCCGCUGUGACUGGCGGUGCUGCUGUUGCUACAUUUGUUGUUUGGUCAUUUUUUUGGCUGUGCUCAUUUUUGUUUUGCUUUAUCUCAAAACCAAGUAGUGGAAAUUCGACACUCAUACUUGUAAUAUAACUGAACUGUAAUAACCUGAGUAAUAAUUGGGCUUGGAAAGAUUACAUUUUUAUCUGCAAAUGUCAGUGAAUGUCAAUUUCCACCACACACACAUAAACCAAUACAAAAUAUUUCCAUCAGUAAUUGAAAUUUACCGAUCAACAAAGUAAGACAAGUGCUGUUGGGGCCUUGUUAGCAUUUGAUCUCAGGAUAUUUACUUGGUAUAUUUUGACAGGUGAUGUUGACAGUUUGCGCUUUAACGGUUAUAAAGUGUUAAUUUUUUGAAUUGCAGCAUUGUCUAUCAUGAAGUAAUUAUUGUCUGACCCCCCCCCGACUGCCUCAUAAUUUCCCACAAUUAUGAAAAUUUAAAUCAAUAAACGUUUGGGGGGGAAAAAAGCCUAAGCCAUUAGGUUUUGCAGCUAUGAAAAUUUACAAAGAUAAAAAUAAAAUAAAAAAAUGCUUAAAAAUAACCGUGGAUAUUUCCUGCCAAAAUUAUAUAAUCAAAUUCUGCCAAGCCUAGUAACAAUAGAUAAUGUACCUGUCUAUGUAGGGUGAAUGCGUGCACUGGGCUG